AUGAGUUUCCUGGCGGCCCCUUCUUGGGGGAAGCCGAAGGGGUGCGAGCUGUGCGGCCGGGACUGGAUCGGCCUGACGUACCACCACCUCAUCCCGCGCAUGGUCCACGCCAAGGCCGUCAAGCGCGGCUGGCGCCGCGAGGACGAGCUCAACAACGUCGCCUGGCUGUGCCGCCUGUGCCACUCCUUUGUGCACCGGUUCGCCGGCCACGAGGACCUCGCGCGGCACUACCACACCGUCGAGCUCUUGCUGGCGCAGGAAGAGGUCGUAAGGUUCGCGCAGUACGCUAGCCGGGUGAGGUGGAAGGGGAGAUAG